AUGGAACAAAACCGUCGAACACGAUCAUCUCCUUUAUCCAAGCUCAACUCCCUUCUUAACAAUCUUUACUCUAGACAUUCCAAACUAGUCAUCCAUAACGUAUUAAAAGCCUCCGACAUGGAACAGUUCAAAAACGUGGAACGAAAAUUGAAAGAUUGCUUGUAUGAAACAAGACAACAAUUCCUUGUCGAGUUGGAAAAGGCGUUCGACAGUGUACCUAUUCAUCAUCAAACCACGAUCACUGUUGUAAACUCAAAGAAGAAAACUUCAAAACUGAAAGAAAGCUUUGAUAGCGAUGAAGUGUUAGGGAAAAUUAAUGAUGAUUUACAAAUGAUGGACAAAUAUGUUAGGUCAUUAGAAGAGAGUAUUUCAUCUCUCAAACAGUCCCAAGAGGACAAUGAAAUCGGAAUAAGAGACCUCCGAAUCGACCCAAACAAGGAUCACAAUGAAAUCAUCACUACUCCCAAUAAUGAAAGCAUCUCAGCAAGUAAGAAAAGGAAAAAGAAGUCUAAAAAACCCAAAACCAUGUCGAACAAAAAGAAAAAGACCAUUCAAGUUCGAGAACCAGAGUCAUCAAAGGAUUCAGAGCGAGCUAAAGUUGAGACCCAAGACGAGCAAUCAGCAAUGGAACAAACAAAUACUUUGGAUGACAUGGUUCAAAGAAACCAAGCGGUAUCAUCCUCCAGCCGACGACGAAUCAGCUUUUCGUCCUCAGUGGUGUUUUAUGAAGAUCUUGUAGAAUGUCCUUUAUGUCAAAGAAAAUUCACAAAAUACCAAAUUAAGAUUCAUAUGGACAAAAUUCAUUACGAUAAGGACAAGACCCUUAACAAAAAGAAAGCUAAACUCACUAAAACCAUCAUUGCACAAGUGAAGGAAUCAGAGAUGAAAAAGAAAUUGUUUGGAAUCUUGAACAAGUAG